CCUCUCUCCUCUGUGCGGACAUGACGGUCGCAAGCGCGGCCACAAGCCAUUGCAAGAAGGCGAUAAAGUUCGGACUCUCUGUUCUGGGCAGAGGCUUCAACUCUUCCAAAUGUAAGACAAUGGCGAAGAUGGCUGUGGCGAGGAUAAAGCUGCUUCGGAACAAGAGACAGGUGGUGGUGAGGCAGAUGAGGCGCGACAUUGCUUUACUUCUGGAGUCUGGCCAGGAUGCCACUGCUCGAGUUAGGGUUGAACAUGUGAUAAGAGAACAAAAUAUUAUGGCUGCAAAUGAGUUCAUUGAGCUCUUCUGUGAGCUGAUUGUAGCAAGACUUUCAAUAAUUUCAAAGCAAAGGAAUUGCCCAGCAGAUCUCAAAGAAGGGAUAUCCAGUUUAAUAUUUGCAGCCCCUAGAUGCUCAGACAUUCCAGAACUAGUGUCUAUUCGAGAUGUUUUCGAGAAGAAAUAUGGAGAAGACUUUGUAUGUGCAGCUACUGACCUACGACCCAACUGUGGGGUAAAUCGCAUGCUCAUUGACAAGCUCUCUGUUAGAACCCCUGCUGGUGAAGUGAAACUGAAAGUCAUGAAGGAAAUAGCGAAGGAGUACCAGGUUGAAUGGGAUACAACAGAAUCUGAGAUGGAGCUCCUCACACCUCCAGAAGAGCUUAUAGAGGGACCGUGCACUUUUGUGAGUGCCAGCAGCAUGCCUGUAAAGGCUACAGCAAAGCAAUCUGUUGAGCCAAAUAAUCAAAAAACCAGAUUGUCAAAUGAUGGAGAAAGAAAAAACAUGCAUUUUGAAGACACAACAUCAGCUGCUGAAGCAGCUGCGGAGUGUGCAAAAAAAGCAAUUGCUGCUGCCGAAGCUGCUGCCUAUCUGGCGGGUAAAGGCUCUUAUCAGGUCACUCAAGCAUCUGGUACUUGUAAUUGUGUGACUAGUUAUGAAUUUGAGAACAGUUGUGGCAAUUCUACCAGCAAGUUUAUGCCAUAUACCUUCCAAGAAAACCACCAGAUUCUGGACGAUCAGUCUAAGGUCCCAAGGAGGAUUAAGAGACAGAGUUUUGGAUGUGAUCAUUCUUCAAACAGUGAUGAGACAAUGCCUACCAAUAUGGAUGCUCGAAAAAUUUGUAGGAGACACAGCUGCAAUGUUCCAUCUGCACGUCCAGAUAUCCAGUUUGAUGAAGCAGACUGUGAUGAAGAAAUUGAGAUGGACGGACCUACAAGUGGUGUCAACUUAAUACCUCACCAGCCUUCCAGAAUAGAUGCUAAAAAAAAUUAUAGGAGGCACAGCUACAAUGUUCCCUCAGCACAUUCAGAUAUCAAAUUUGAUGAAUCAGAUUGUGAUGACGAAAUUGAGAUGGAAGAACCUAUAAAUGGCAUGAAUUUACCUCCCAACCGACCUGCACCACAACCUGUUCAUCCCAAAUUGCCAGACUAUGAUGCACUUGCUGCUCGUUUUGAAGCUCUCAAGUAUCGAAAAUCUCAAACCUAAAUAAAUAUUUUGCAUGGAUUUUGUUGGCUUUUAUGGAGGGGGCAUUCAUGGUAUUAUAUAGUAUAGAACAUAAUAAAUUGUAUGGCAAACAGUACCUGUUUUGCCCUGUUGUUUGCAGGGCACAUUUUGUCGACAUUUUACUUACUAUGGUAAUGUUUGUAUAUUUUGG